CAACACUGAGCGCUGCUGCUCUGCUCUGCUGAUGCUCUCGCUCUCACUCAUUCACUCUGUUCCUUGCAGAGAACAUCGUCAAAUCCAGCGGCGAGAAAAGUUUUGCGGAAAAGCCGAAACAUGGCGGACCGACAACCGAGGAAAACUCGAGCUCGGGGGUAUACGGCAACGAUCAGCUCGUCAGCCGAUGCCCGGGGAGGCCGAGGACAGGCUCCUGUCCGGGGCGGCGGCGUUGGUGUUUCUGGGCCUCGACCGUCGUUCCAGCAUCCGGGAGCGGAAGGUCGCGCCGUAACAUAUCAUGAAGGUUCAGCCGGUCGUGGAGCAGUUAGUGCUUCGAGCAGCCGUGGAACCGGAAAUGGCAAUGGGAACAACGGUGGCGGGGGUGAUGGCAACGGGAAUGGUGCGGGAGCGGCGGCAAGCCGCGGAGCAAUGCGUGGUCGCCGUGCCGUUGCAGAUACCCUCCGGACCCGUGCACUGGAUGCCCCGUCGAAACAUGGAACCAUCGGACAACCGCUCCAGCUACAAGCGAACUACUUCAAGAUAUUGAAGCACAUCGAGUGGACACUGUAUCAGUAUCGGGUGGAUUUUGCUCCGGCCUGCGACAGUAUCCGGUUGAUGCAGGGCCUGAUCAGUCAGCACAAGAAGACCUUCGGCGGAUAUCUGUUUGACGGAACUCAGCUGUUCAUGGUGAACAAACUGCGGAGCGAGCAGUUGUCCUUGGAGUGUCGCCACGAGCGGACGGGAGAAGUGUACCAGAUCAAGAUCGCCCACACGGGAACCGUGGACAUGACGAAUGAAACCGGCAUUCAGGUGCUGAAUUUGAUCCUCCGUCGUGCCAUGGGAGGGCUGAAUCUCCAGUUGGUUGGACGGAACUUGUUCGAUGCGGCGGCCAAGAUCACCAUCCGUGACUAUCAUAUUGAACUGUGGCCGGGAUACGUCACCAGCAUCCGCCAGCACGAGCAGGACAUCCUCGUUUGCUGUGAGAUCGCCCACAAAACCAUGCGGAUGCAAACCUGUUACGACGUUCUGCGGGAUUGUCGGAACAAUGACCGCAAUUACAAGGAUGCCUUCACUAAGACCGUCCUGGGUGUGGUCGUACUGACCGGUUACAACAACAAAACCUACACCAUUCACGACGUCUCGUACGACACGACUCCGGCCAGCACGUUCGAGACCAGAAACGGAAAAAUCUCGUUCGUUGAGUACUACAAGCAGAAGUACAACAUCCAGAUCCGGGAUCCGAACCAGCCGAUGUUGCUGUCCCGAGCCAAGAAGCGCGAUCUGCGGGCCGGUGGUAACGAGCUGAUGGCCCUGGUUCCGGAACUGUGCCAGAUGACGGGCCUUACCGAUCAGAUGCGGAAUGAUUUCCGCAUGAUGCGCGCCAUGUCCGAGUACACCCGGCUCAACCCGGACCGACGCAUCGAACGACUGGAAACGUUCAACCGUCGUCUUCAGACCACCGCGGCGAGCAUGGAAGUGUUCCAGGUAUGGCAAAUGGAGCUGGACAAGCGUCUGGUCGAACUCCCCGGUCGAUUGCUGCCCCAAGAAAUGAUCCAAUUUACACCGACGGAGAAAGGUGUCCCUGCAGGCGAGAAUGCCGAUUGGACCCAGCACUUUCGCAACAAUCCGAUGUUUUCGACCAUUAAGUUGAACCGCUGGUUCAUGAUCGUACCGAACAGGGCGCAGCGAGAAGCUAACGAUUUCCUUGGUUGCUUAAUUCAGGCCGCCCGUGGAAUGCGGUUCGAAAUCCAGCAGUGCGAGAUGGUCACCAUCCCGGACGACCAUCCUGGCACCUACGUCAGGACGUUGGACAAUGUGGUGAACAAAGAUCCUCAGCUGAUCAUGUGCGUGGUGUCGAACCAGAAGGCCGAUCGGUACACGGCCAUCAAGAAGAAGUGCUGUGUGGAUCGCGCCGUUCCGACGCAGGUCAUUUGCCAGAAAACCAUCACUCCGAAGGGCGGCAACGUUCGAACACUCAUGUCCGUGGCGACCAAAGUCGUCAUCCAGAUGAACUGCAAGCUGGGUGGAGUGCCAUGGAAGGUCAAGAUUCCCCUCAGCGGAUUGAUGACGGUCGGUUUUGACGUGUGCCACGACACGAACGACAAAUCCAAAUCCUACGGAGCCAUGGUAGCCACGUUUGACCACGAAAAUACAGAGGCUCCGAAGUUCUUCUCAGCCGUAAGUCAACACAGACAUGGCGAGGAAAUUUGCAAUUACCUCCCGCUGAACACGAUCAAGGCGCUCAACGAGUACCGCAAGGAGUACGGUGUGCUUCCGAAGCGUAUCCUCUUCUACCGGGACGGCGUCGGCGAGGGUCAGCUGCACUACGUUUACGAACACGAGGUCAAAUCGAUUAUUGGGAAACUGAACGAGGUCUACAAAAGCGCCGGAGUCGAGCAGGAUGCCUUGUUCACCUUCAUCAUAGUGAACAAACGCAUCAACACGAGAUUCUUCGAUCAUAAGCAAAAUCCACGGCCGGGAACCGUGGUCGACGAUGUGGUGACCAAUCCGGAACGUACCGAUUUCUACAUCGUUUCGCAGUCGGUCAGACAGGGAACGGUGUCCCCCACUGCCUUCAACGUCCUGUACGACACGUCCGGCCUCAAGAUAGACCAUCUGCAGAUGUUGUCCUACAAGCAGUGCCAUCUGUACUACAACUGGUCCGGAACUGUGCGGGUACCGGCCGUGUGCCAGUACGCCCACAAGCUGGCUUUCCUGGUCGGGCAGUUCAUCCAUCAGGCACCGAGCAAUCUGCUCGAGAAGAAGCUCUACUUCCUGUAGUUGAAGUAAUGCCAAUUAUCUGACUGUAGCACAUUGCAUGUUGACCAGGCAAUUGGCAUGUCUCCGUAAGCAUUAUUUAACCCUUGAUCGGUUUGUUUUAUUUAUUCCUUUUUUCAAGUAUUUACAAUAUUGAAUUGGCUAAGCAAAACAUUAGGUAUAAUGUUUAUACUAUUUUUAUUUAUUCUAAACGAGUUUGUAGAAUAUUUUAAAGUUGGAUACGAAAAUACAUCCUUUUUGGAAUA